UUGGGAACGCCCUACUACUUCAGUCCAGAGAUGUGCGAAGGCAAGGAGUACGACAACAAAAGCGAUAUUUGGGCCUUAGGCUGCAUUCUUGGCGAGAUGUGUUGCCUCAAGAAGAGUUUUGCGGCUUCAAACCUCUCGCAAUUAGUAUCCAAAAUAAUGGCGGGCAAUUAUACUGCCAUACCUACAGGAUAUUCUUCAGGGCUACGGAGUCUUCUGAGCAAUCUUUUGCAGGUAGAUGCUUCUCGACGGCCAAUGGCCUCGGAAAUAUUGGAGUAUUGGAUUCCAUUGAUAUUUAGAAAUUUGGGGAAGAAUAAAGGAUAUUCCUAUAAAGAGGAUAUAUUUGCAUCAAACUCCGUUCCGAAGAUGAGCGCCGAAUUAAGAUCCACAAAAGAGGAUGUGGAGCUCAGUUUUAAUUUGGAAACAGAUAGAUCCACUCAAGCAUUGUCAGAGCUGCCAACUGGAUGUACCGAAAUGAGGGAGGUGAUGAAUGCUGAAACUGCUGUCCCGAAUGAAGUCCUUUAUAAGCGAUCCGUUCUAUACCAAUUGAAAGCGUUCGGAAACAGUUUCAACAUGAAUCCCAUACAGUUGCCACCAAAAUCGCGUAUACGCACUGUCGCCACAAGUGAUUCACAUUUUGUAGUAGUAAACGAUGAUGGUUCCGUCUAUGCUUGGGGAGAGGGCACCCAUGGCCAACUUGGAUCUACAUCGCUUGAAGCAUGGAAGCAUUACCCUAGCCGAAUGGAGAGUGUCCGAAACCACCACAUUAUAAGUGCUUGCGUUGGAGAUGGGUUUACCAUUUUACUAGCUCAAUCCGGCACCAUUCUCAGUUGUGGCGAUAAUUCAAAGUAUGCGCUCGGACAUGAAGAUAACAAAACGUUCCACACCCCGAAAAAUGUCAGCAAAUUACAGGAUAUACAAAUCGAAAAAAUAGCAUCCGGCACAGCACAUGCGCUUGCUUUAAGCGCCGAUGGUUCAAUCUAUGUUUGGGGUACCAGCGCGUACGGCGCUCUUGGUCUGGGCAAAUUACAGACGCAGCAGAGAACUCCACAAAAAGUACUGCUGCCCCAUGUGAAUGGCAAGGCGGAGAAAAUUUUUUGCGGCCCCAAUGUUUCGGCAGUUCUUUUCAAAAACGGCGACUUGUACCUCUGUGGAUGCAACAAAUACAGGAAGUUGGGAUUUAAGAAGAAUAUCACAAUAACAGCAUUCAAAAAACUUCAAAUGCCACAUAAAAUCAUUGAGGCGAGCUUUUCUUCGAUGCAUACCGUAUUACUGCUGGAGGGUGGUUGGAUAUAUACAAUGGGGCGCAACUCCGAAGGACAACUCGGCAUUGGACACACUGGGGAAAUGGAUCGGCCUAUGAUGGUGGAAUUCGUUAAGCAUCGCAAUAUUGUUAAUUGCAAAUGCAAUGAUCAAGGAACGUUGGUUACAUCUGACGACAACGUCAUCACCUUCUGGGGCACUAGAAAUGGAAUACCAGAGUUUGAGGAUGGAAAUUUCGAUAAGUUACAACUUGGAGGUGAAGGUUUUGAUUCAGAAAUCGGUAAUAAUACUGUGGCGUUUACAAAUUUUCUUGCCUCGGUUUAUAAAUCAGAGCUGCUUUUGGAACCGGUCGAUAUUUUAGCUUUGCACACCUCAGAGGAGCAACGCCAAAAGGGCUACUUCAUACAGGUAAAUAACAUUUACAUAUUGCCGCACAGUGUUUUAGUAAUGGUAGACACUACAACACCUUUGGUAUCGUCCCUGGAGGAGCCUCAGUGAAUUAGCGCUUGUUCGAAUUGCAAUCACAACCGCAGUGUUGCGCGAAUUAUUAAAGUAUAACGUUCGGUGUCAAUUUCUAGCAACGUUUUAUCAAUCGAGAAGUUGCAACAGACUUGCAAAUCAUCAGCGCUGCAGUAUUGCCGCUUUUAUUACGUGCCUGGAAGAGGGCCUUAAGUUUAAUAAUAAAAGCAUCUUAUUACAUUUUGCAUGAAUGUAACUUGUUUUAUUAUAAUUCAAAUGUUACUUAUUUGACUACAAAAGACAUGUUCGUAGUAUAAUAUUUUGGAAUUGCAAGUAAACCAAAAAAGGAAAGAAGCAAUUAGAAUCACGACCAUGAUUGCGGUGAAUCAUUGUGUUCUAUUUCCCCAUUUCUAAUGACUGAUUAAAAUGCAAAUAUUUGCUUUCUUUCAUAUGUGGAUUCCGGCAA